CCCCAUUUUUUCAACAGACAUCUUUUAAUAAUAUCUAAGGGUUGCAUGAGAAUUCCACACCAGGAAUUUGCCGAAUUUCGAAAUCGCAUAAAACGACGAGCGAAUUUUUCGUCUGAAAAUCUACCGCAUUUGGCAAGUUUCGGUGACAAGUGAACAUGGGACUAUCUCUAAAAAUCACGCAGUGACCGAAAAUGUGACCUAAUAUGAUACAUACUUUCGAAUAUGCUUUUUGCUAUUGACUGAAAGCCGCAUAACGACACCUCGAGGCUAAGGUAUCAUUUUUCUCCGCACCUUUUUACGUUCUGCUGCGCGCAUGCAUGACGUAUGUUUGUUUACCUUACAGGUGGAUCGCAGAGAAGCAGACAGGCAUGACAGGGACACCUUUAGUGUGCUAAGAAACCACAGAACGAACAACAUGGAAGACUACGUGCGGGAGGAAUGGGUGGAAUCAACCCCCCAGGAGCGGGAACAUUGGCUGAACAAAAGCUGCGGCCAUUUUGAGACGGAAAUCCGUGGUCUGGUUCCAUCCGGGUUCCUGGAGGAUUUCGCGGACAGACUUGAUGACGUAGUGACCAGGUGGAACCGUGCGCACGGCAGGCUUUUCGGUCACGUGACCUCACGUCAGCAGGUCCAGGCGCUGGUCACGUGGGAUCAGGAACAGGCAGCAGAACAGCGCCGCCAAGCUGACAACGGUUCCCUACAAAAGUUCCAAUACCUUCUCUUCAUCUUCGACACCCUGCUGGGAGAUUUUCGUACCGGUAUCUUCCUCCCUCUUAGAGACUUCUUCUGGAUACAAGACGGCGGCAACACCCAUCUUCAACAGGUCCGCCAUGCCCUGGAACAGACCAUCCUGGCUUGGCGGCAGCUCUUGCGACCCGGCCCCGUCAACACUGCCCUACUCACCCGGGCAAGUCAGGAGAUCGUAGACGAGGUUGUGAUGACGUAUUCGGAAGAGUAUGACGUAAUAUUACGAUUGAUUCCGGACAUUCACGAGAAGACGUUCGAGUGCCUCCGCCUGGCCAGGCGGUGGAAAACGGCAUACAAGGCGGGGAGUGCAGAGGAGCAGCGAGUCGCUAGAGGGAGUCCCUGCGAAGGCCGCUUGUUGAAACGCGAAUCCGAACCAGUCAACAGACUGUCAAGGGAAAUAAGCCAAGGAGACAUGCACGUAUCUUCAGGCCAUCGUCGGGAGUUAGUUCAGCCUACCAAUAGUCAUCGUAGCCCUCAAUCCAGCGGCAGCGUUCACAAAACCCCCGGUAGAAUGCGGGAAAAAUACGUCGAAGACGAAUACGAGGAAUUCAUCGAAGAGCUAUCCCGUUCCCGAUCUUCAAGCAUAGCGCUACCGCAACAGAAGCUAGUCGAAGACGAGUACGAAGAAUUCCUCUUAGAACAAGAGGGGCGACAGAAACGGUCUCAAACGACAAGCAGUUUACCGGACGUACUCGUAAACCUGAACGCCAAGAAGAUUCAACAGCUCAACAGCGCUUCAACAACCAAAAGCAAUCCUUCGAGCAGAGACAGCUCGAGGAUGGAGCGACAGAGUCUACCAAACAUUCUGUCGCGAACAGAAAAGGAAGACGAAAUUACUAAGGCAGAAAGAGACGCUGUCUUAAGAAAAAUGUGCCGAGAGAAGCGCAUAUGUGAUCAGAUUGCCUCCCAGAUGACCGAAGUUAAACUGAAGUACGAUAAACUGAAGGAAAACUCGCUGGCAUUGGAGAAACAGACAAAGCAGUACAAGACAGAUUUUGAGUUUAUCGACGCACACGAGAGCUUGACUAAGAUUCAGGAACAGAUGAACAGAGCGAUCAAAAUUUACAACAGGAAGAAGGAAGUUUACGAUCAGGCGAGGAGACGGUGGGAGGAGUGUAGGAAGUGCAUGGACGAGUUAGAAAAGGCGGACAGACUGGAAAAGGAACUAGAGAAAAUGGCAAAUGAGGGGCAAGUUCAUAGAAAGGUCACAAAUGCAAGAACAUGAGUGAAGUGUGGACAAAAAACAGUACAUUUAAUGCCACGCUUUCCCUAAAUAUCUUUCACACAACAAAACAGUGACUGUUGGAAGAGUUGAGUUUAUUCAGUUGUUUGACUUUUCAAGUGAAACAGAGUAUGAUAAAUAUCCAUUGUCCUGUACAAUCUGUAAAGAGCUAUGGAAUACACAUAAGCUAGUUCAACGUUUGACCUGCACAUGUGCAAGGUCAAAGGUGAAGGCCCCUAACUUGCAAAACAGUUAUUGUCUAGACUGUGCAUAAUAAAUGUGUUUUGUUGAUAUAUCUGUGGUCUUCAAUUGACAUAUUACCCACAAUGCACCACAAUGUGCAUGCUGGUUUAAACCAUGAAGCAGCUUAUUUUCAGUGAUUCUCUUACUGAAACUUGUCAGUGGAGCUGAAAAAAAGGUGCAUUGAGGGCCUGAAUAAAUAUACAUGUACAUUUAACAAAUAAUAUAUAUGUACGUACGGUAGGUAUGUAAGUAAU